CAUUUUGCAAUCUCAUUUUCAGUAACUUAUCGAGACGUUCGGCAUUGCAUCUGAGCGAAGAAUGCUUUGCACUCUUUCAAAUUGGAUUUCUCUUUCCACGGAACUCGGUGUACAAGCGGAAGAUUGAUUCGAUGAUAAUGAUAGCCCAGGAGAGUGGACUGAUGAUCAAGCUGGGUCAUGAGGUCAGCUGGGCCAUGCAGAGGUCGGCCACGGGACGCCUCUUGCAGGCAAGCACCACUUCAUCGCUGCGAGAAAUCAUACAGGAAGAGCGUCAGUUGACUACCGCUGACACGGAGGGCAUGUUCCUGCUGAUGGGCAUUGGAUAUUUAAUGGGCGCAAUCGCACUCGUUUCCGAGAUCGUUGGCGGCAUCACCAAUAAGUGUCGGCAAAUAAUAAAGCGCUCACGCAAAUCCGCCUCCAGCACCUGGUCAUCCCAGCACAGCUCAGCCGUUGUGCGCACUACAGCCGAGCAGCAGGCACACGACGUGCGUAAGGCGGCACGUCGGCAUGCUGCCGAAGAUGCCAAUCAACGGAUGGGAUUCGGAAUGCGAGAGUUCAAUCUGACACGCACAACGCUGCGCGAACUGUAUAAUGCCAACAGGUCGGAGACCCAGCCACUGCAGCUGUGCGAUUCACACCCAUUGGAUGCAGCUCCUUUCUCGUCGAUUACCAUCAACGAGGUGCCCAGUGAAGUGUAUGACACCUUGGACGGUCUUGAUCAGUUCAUAGCCCGACUGGAGUUGGCCGAUGGACAGCAAAACACCGAACUUAGCGAAAGCGAUAUUUCCAAUGGAGGACUCGACAUCGAGCCAGAACACCACAUUGAUUAGAGCUCGCAAACGUCGUGACUUCAACACAGAAAAAGCGCUAGAGGAUAUUGGAACUCGAUCAACAGCAGCCCACGUCUUAUAUUACUAUGUGUUUUAAAGUAAAACCUUAAAUAAAGAAAUAUUAAAACGA